UCGACCGCUGUCCGUCCCAACAAGGGCCCAUGGCUGAAGCCUGAGGGGGACAAUCCAUGGUCAACCUCAUGUGGUUUGGAGGCUCCGCUGCAGUCCACGUGCUGCCUUAACAACAGGCAAGGUGUGAUGGCUGUGUUGCAGCACUACGCGAAGCGCCUUGAUGCCCGAUUGCACUCACUCUACAUUGGUACGUGCCGGCGUCUUUGAUGUUGCGUUGGGGUACGACGACGGAAUCAUGAGCACUGGUACCCGUACUGCGACGCAUUUCCUUCCAUCCGCCGUGGCCACUUCUACAAGCCCAAGAUAUCACCGAAGGUUCUUGGAUGGCAUCGGGGUGUGCGCCCGUAUUCGACUGCUUGGUUCAUGCGCACAACACCACUCACACAUCUUGUGGUAUACACACAUACACACACGCUCACUCACACAUAUAGCGAUGCAAAAAGGCACGAGAGAGGUCGAAUGCCCCUCCCUGCGAGUCAGCCCCGUGCAGAAUCUGAUGCAUGGAAACAUCUGAGACAGGCGGCUCGGGUUCGUGUGAUGGCCUCAAAAGUACGACUUUUUUAUUUUUUGACAGAUAGCGCCGCCCGCGACACGUGGCUGCAAUGCACGUCUCAUGUCAUGGGGAAAAGCGUAUCUGGAGCCCUAC